AUGGGGCUUCUACCAAAAUGGUUGGAGCAGGUUUUGGCAGCACUUGGAGCUGCUGCUUCUGAAGAAGAAGCAACAGAAUCAAAACUUACGGGGAAGUUGACGCCUUUUCAAUCACCGGCCAGUGAGCAAGAUGGAAGCGUCAAACUAACUGAAGAAGAGAGAAAGUCUGCAACUGCUGAUGAGAAGUUGAUUUUGGGAAUGUUCAAGCAAGAGGGAAAAUGUGACUUUGUUCCUUCGUUAGAUCUUGAUGAGUUAGGAAAUUAUGUGGCAGGUGAUGGUCAAGGAGCUAGGAAAAAGAAAAAUCCAUUUGAAGCGGAAGUUUAUCUUGCCGGUUGA